CAAUCAUAUAUCUCUCCUCUUCCGGUCUUCCGCCGCCGCCACCACCACCUCUCCUCCUCCCUCUGCCACCCUAAUUUCCUAAACAAUAGCUUUUAUAUACAUAGAGCUAUAAUUAGCAGCACUGGAUUAUCAUCACUUAAAUUAGAAGCAAGCCAGGCCAAUUCAAAAUGACUAAAGUUGAGGGUUUCACGGCGGCCGCACCGGCAUCACCGACGCCACGGUCGCCGUGGCACUCGCCGGUGCCGUAUCUUUUCGGAGGCUUGGCUGCCAUGUUGGGUCUCAUUGCUUUUGCGCUUCUUGUCCUUGCGUGCUCCUACUGGCGCCUCUCCGGCUACCUGGAAAACAACGGCAACGACGACGACCGGGACCUCGAGGCCGGUGGUGACGGCAAUGGCGACAACCCCGCGAAGGCGGCGGCGCCGGUGUUUGAAGAAAAGGUUUUGGUGAUCAUGGCUGGGCAGGGGAAGCCUACUUUUCUGGCUACGCCUGUGCCCAGUAGAGCAUCCUCGUUCGGGAGUAAUAGCAGCUGUUGUAGUAGUACGCAAAGCAGUGAAAGUAGUACCACUGAAAAAUCUGAACAUGAAGAGAAUCUAGAGAAACAUCAUGUGUAAAUGGCCGGGGAAUAUGGUGGGCCACUAGACAGCAUUUAGGUCUCUUAAUUUAAUAGGACAAUCCAGUAAAGUUGGUUGAGCUAUUCAACUAACUUGGUCGACUAUUAAUUUUUAACUAUAAAGUUUUGAAUUUGAUUUUUUUUUUUUUUUGUGAGAACGUCUAUUAACUUUCUUGAUUUGAACGGAUCAGUCAAUCAGAUAUGGGCCUAUAAACAUUUAGAUUGUACUGUGAUUGCUGGAUAAAACACUAUGACACCCUUUGACGUACAUGUUCUAGUGUCUUAACUAUAUAUAGUUGUUGAUGUUUUCGUUGUAACUUUAAUUCUAGGAAGUGAUCUGAUGAUUUUGAAAAUGGUUUGAAUUUGAC